UGUCAAUGUGAACAUAUGUUUUUAAUACUAUCUUCCCAUUCUCAUAGUAAUCGAAAUUAUAGUAAAUUGCCCAACAUCCAAGAAUUCUGAAUUACAUGAAAGUUUGUAACUUACCUAAUAAUGACAGAGGAAAAGACGGUACUGUCUAAAAAAUUAUCUGAAGGACCGCAUGGCUUAGGUGAUCCUGAUGAUCGCAGCCUGAGAAAAGUGGAAUUGGAAGUCAUGAUACCCAAAUUAAUGAGGGAUAAGGCUAAAGCAGAGAAAUGCAUUAAAGAGGUUGCAGAAUUCGAGAAAUGUGGUAAAGAGGCAUCCUUGUUAAUGGUGGUUAAAUGCCGGAAAGAAAAUGCUGCCCUAAAGGACUGUCUCUCUAGUUGGUAUCGCAAUGACAGCUUUAGAGCAUUAUGCACUGAAGAAUAUUUAAAAGAAAGGAGUGAAUUUAGGAAAACUGGAAUCAAAAAGUCAAUAAGAAGGGCUUAAUCAUAUUUUAUUUGUAAGAUAGCUGUUUAGUGUAAAUAUAAACCAAAUGCAUUUUAA